CACUGCAUGUGAUAUUACUGGGGGCGUGCGUCUGCAAUAAGGAGUCAAAGCGAAAAAACAUCCCUCGAUUUAUACAUUAACGUUCCGUAACCGUUUCGGGUAGUGCGUAUGAUAAUAAUUGACGCCCAGUUUAGAUUUAGCAUAAUUUAUUCGCUUCGCUUGAUGACGGCGCACACUGCCUGACAGCUUGUCAUAAUUAGCUUGAGAGGCAAGUGUCUUUGCGGCGUGUGCAGUGGAGCCCGUUGCCAUCAAGGCCUGUCUUCAUAUUGCAAGCUGUGCAACAUCGUGGAGAGAGAGAGAGAGAGAGAGAGAGAGAGAGAGAGAGAGAGAGAGACCAUUGUUUGUGAAUGAAGAUGUCACAAAAUGGACUUGUCCGGUCGAUGAAACCAAGUACAUGGCGUCUGUACGAGUCAUCCGUGUGUCUGACGUCAUGCUUAAACUCUCAUCGAGAAGCACAGUGUACAGAUCACUGCAAAAAUGAGUCCACACACAAUGGAACGACUGGAGAGACGCCUACAUUAGCUGCACUGGCACGUCAUUACAGGCUGGGGCAGCUGCUGAAGGUUAUUGCUCCACUCGUUGUUCUACAGGAGCGGCUUUAUCAGCGGCUUGAAAAGCGACCAAACAUCGAUGAACUAGCUAAGAGAUCGUUUCCGAGUUUGUUUCAAAUACUUGAAGAUGAAUCUAAGACGGUGUUGCAGGUCUCCCAGACAUUUUCAUCAGACAAAGAGCACCGUUUCACAAUGGAAACUAAUAUUAAUAUUAUAAGAGACUCUCUAAAUGAGAUCUUAGAUGCGCUACAAGCCGUUCACGAAUCUAAAUACGACAGCCCGGGAUGCUUAAGCAACAAAAUGGCGGAGAUUGUAGACGAGCUCCUGGUUGAAUGGAGUACAGUGCAAGCAAUGAGAGAAAAUCUUCCUGAGAGAUAUUCAGUCAACUACGGCUCAACACUCGAGAAGACGUCGCUGUAAUUGUGUAAACACAAAUUAUUUGUAAAUCAUGUAUCUUUUUGUAUAAUUGUUUUUCUAAUACAUAUAUCAUUAUUCGCUUUGGUUUUAACCAAAUACACCGAUGUGUGUUACACUGAUACUCAGUACUUUCCAUAAUUUUUGAAAACAAACCACAGGCAUGUUACUCGGACGACGGGAUUCCAAUCAACGACCUUUGCAAUUCUAGACAGUGUCAUACCAACUAUUUAGUUAUUGUGAAGCCACAAUAAAAACUAUACGUUUGUCCAGAAAACCUAGUUAAAAACAAGGCCACUCUAGGUAAAGGGCUACUUGGGAGAAAACAUUGAAAUGCAGAAACGGAGGAGCUGA